UACAUUUGGAACGAAUAUUCAAUUCAAUUUAUUUACAUAUCAAAUAUGCAAGUGGGUUCACUUCACUUAUGUGUCGGUCUAUGAGUAUCAAUUUAUCUGAAAGUAUUAUUACGGCAAAAUGCCAACUAUUUUUCUGCUUAGUUAAUUACUUCUUGUCUCCUGCUUUCAUUACUCGACUAAUCUCGUCUUGCUAAAUAAGUUUUUGUGAGCAGUUCAUCAUUCAAAACUAGUUUAUUGUAAAAGCUUUGCAAAUAUAUUAGCCGCGAUGGCAGAGGAAGACAUGGAAAGUUUCGAAGUGACAGACUUUGACCUGGAGAACGAGUUUGCUGGAGCUAAGCGCAGCCAUCGCUUUACUAAAGAGCAGCAGAUAUACGGCGUCUGGGCCGAACACAGCGAUGGCGAAGAGGCGGGACAAAUGACAGUAGCUGACGACGAAGAAGUUGGACCUAAGCUGGUGACGAGCAAGGCUCAGCUCGGAGCGAUGGCUGGUGAUAGUGGAGGCGGUCGCCGCAACGUCAUGGGCUCCACGCUGACGGUGGCCAAGGGCGGCAGCAACAUCGGGUCCUGGGAGAAACACACUACGGGCAUCGGCAGCAAGCUGCUCAAGUCUAUGGGCUACAAGGAAGGCAUGGGACUCGGCAAGAACCUGCAGGGCAUAUCCACGCCAGUCGAGGCCAAUAAACGUAAAGGAAAAGGAGCCAUUGGCUUCUAUGGCUCAGAGCGAUCAGAAAGAUCCAUCAAGGAUUAUCCUGUCCAUGAUUCAGAUGAAGAGGAUAAGAAGAAAUUCGAAGAGGAGUUACAUCAUUGGAGGAAGUCUGGUGACAGCAAUAAGAAGGUGAAAUACUUGUAUAAGAGUGCAGAUGAAGUUAUCAAAGAAGGGCGUAAUAAGAAAAUAAGGCACAUUGAUGACAGCCAUAUUUCUAAAACAAAAGUCAUCGACAUGACUGGACCCGAAACAAGAGUACUGAGCAGUUAUCACGCAAUCACUGGUCAAAAAUCUUUAGUUGCUUCGUAUGAAGAAUCACGUAAACAAAAAUAUGAAAAAUUUGAUGUUCCAGAGCUAAUACACAACGUGCAGAUGUUACUAGAGAUGAGCGAGGAAGAUAUCAUCAAAAAUGCUCGGCGUAAAGAACAACAGAGCAACAGAAUCGUGCACAUCGAGCACGAGAAAGAGCAACUCGAUGCCGUGAUCGCCAAGGAAGAAAGAGAAUUGCAUACUCUGGACGAAGCUCUCCUGCUGCUUGAGAAACUAGAAACUCGAUUUAGUGAAAAGGCUCUGACGCUUGAUGAGGUCGCCCAGAUAUUUGAUAAAUUACACAAUGAGUUCAGAGAAGUCUACAUCGGGUACGAGUUGCCUUACCUGGGACCUCACUACUUGACUGCACUCUUCAAAGAAGCUCUAAGUACAUGGAACCCUCUUGUGAACCCGACACAGCACCAACAUUUAUUCCGGUUCUGGCAGAAACUUCUGGAGGGAACUGCGUCGAACCAGGGUGUUUUGGACCAGCCGAUGGAUCCGUACCAUCAGCUGCUGCAUGACACUUGGUUCACGGCGGUUCGUUCUACAAUCCUUGGACCCUGGGAACCACGUGACUGUGGACCACUCAUUGCAUUAAUAGAAGCUUGGAAACCACCUCUGAUCCCCGUGUGGCUGUGUGCACAAAUAUUGCAAAAUGUCGUGCUACCGCGGCUGACCCGAGCUGUUCAUGAAUGGAAUCCUCUUGUUGAUGCUGUGCCCAUCCAUACUUGGCUGCAUCCAUGGCUGCCUCAUCUGUCAGAUCACAUGCACACAAUUUACCCCGUCAUCAGGCAAAAACUCGCAUCCGCUCUUGUGCACUGGCAUCCCUCAGACCGAUCAGCUAACCUUGUGCUCUCUCCUUGGGUUGGAGUUUUCAGUGAAGUCUCAAUGAACUCUUUACUUCAGUCUAGCAUCCAGCCACCCUUGGAGAAAGUUCUCCUGGAGCUCCCCAUCAAUCUGCACGCUCAGAAUCUACAGCCUUGGUAUUGGUUCCGUGACUGGGAAGAUAUUCUGCCAGUCUCAUCUCAGCUUGACAUCUUGGAAAGAUGCUUCUUCCCCAGGUGGUUCCAGGCCCUGGGCACGUGGUUAUCGUCAGGCCCCGUCCACACGGAAGUCGUGGCUUGGUAUAAAGGCUGGCGUGACCUCAUUCCUUCCAGGAUUAUCGGCCACCCUCAAAUCCAACAAAAGUUCCAGCAAGCCUUGGAAGUUUCACGUCGGGCCUUGAGUUUCCAGAGCGGUGCUGGAGACCAGUUCGGGAUCCUCAUUUCUAGCCUUGCUAAAUUAGUGGAGGCUCCACCUCCUCCACCACCAGGUUCUCCACCGCCCUCCUCGCCUGUUGCGUCGUCUUCCUUGACCGACGAGGCCCGCGUUGGCACUCUCAGGGACAUCACAGAGCGACGGUGCGCUGAACGAGGCAUCGUCUUUGUGCCGCUGCUCGAUAAGACGCACAUGAAUCGCCCAGUUUACCGGUGUGGCAAGCGACAAAUUUCCUUCCAGAAGAACUUGAUUUACGCCAACACUGAAACUGGAUGGAUGCCAACCAGCCUCAAUACUCUGCUGGAUGAAGCGUAGUUAAUGUUAGGCUUACAUAACUUAUACGUAUUAAGAUCACUUGGCUGCUUAAGUCGCAAAUUCACCAGGAAUUUAAAA